UCCUAUGUGUUGGAUCUGUACACAACGGGUUAUGUUGGAUUACUAAAGCAAACCUUUUGUCAGUGAAAAUUCAUUUUUCAAUGAAGUUCGUAUUUAGUGUUUUCUGCCUGUACUGACUUCUUCCACAUCAUCACCACCACACAUAAGCAGACAGUUGUUCCUCCUCUCGCUAGAUGCUGCUGCAGGCUGCGGCCGCUCGUCGCUGAACCCCGGGCAGCUUCUUGCAGGAAAACGCAGAGAGCAUGAACAGCUACACCCCUCCGUUACAAUCUGCCUGUGCUUUUCUGUAAUAUACGAAUUGAACUGCGGUUACUAGACGAUCACUUUCAACACAUUGACAUUCUCUUUAGGACAGCAUGAGCACGAUGUCCCUGUGAUGUUUCGGUGACACUGUAAAUGUAGAUUGCACCAUGUUGGAUAAAGCCAGUGAUGAAGACCAGCAGACCGGGCUCUGCUCAGACUGUGGAUGCAGCCUGCCACAGCCCGACUCUGAUUCCACCGACGCUUCGGCAUCUCCUAAACAGCAGCGUGGGCAGAAAGCAGCCAGUCCUUCCAAAUGUCCCACCUGCCAGGCGGGCAGCAGCCUCCCUAAUGGGCGACGUCCACACCGCCGCCACCGCCUGGACCCUCACAGUUGCAGCCUGUGCUCCAAAACCUUCAUCUCGUCCGCCCACCUGACCCUUCACCUCACCUCUCACAACAAGGAAAGGAAGUUCAGAUGCAGCACCUGUGGCAAGUACUUCCAUCAGUCCUCCCACCUGAUGGCACACAAGAUAAUCCACAGCGGGGACAGGCCGUUUAAAUGCCCGGAGUGUGGUAAGACCUUCGGCCGCGCCUCACAUCUGAAGACCCACCAGCGUCUCCACACGGGUGAAAAGCCCUUCAAGUGCACCUAUUGUGACAAGUCAUUCACACAGAAGGCCGGGCUCCUGGCACAUGUUCGUCUACACACGGGGGAGCGGCCGUUCAAGUGUGAGCAGUGCGGUGAGGGUUUUCGCUCUUUGUCACUCCUGCUCUCACACAAGGCCGAGGAAUCCGCCGGGGAGGCCAAACCAGAGUCAGCGCCGGCACCGAACCAGCCCGAGAAGACACAGAGUAGCCACGAGGAUCUGAAUUGUGGCGUCUGCUGCCGCACCUUUGUGCGAUCGUCAUACAUCAGGCUGCACAUACGCCUCAACAAAGGACAGCGGCCUUAUCACUGCAAAGUGUGUAACAAGACCUUUGUGAAGCUGGAUACGUUUGUGAACCACUGUGAUAAACACUUGAGGCAGAAAAGGGAUAAAAGUGUGGUGAAGGAGGAUAAAGACAAAGUUGUGAAACCUCCCCUGUUUGUUCCUCUCUCAAGGCCUCCUCCUGCUGAACCCUCACCCGCUCAGCCUUUAACCUCGGAGGUCAACACGCGGUCCAGAGCAAAAGCGAAGAGUAAAACGGAGCCAUGACCAAGAGGAGUGCAUACACCGAGACAAAAAUGCUCUUUUACUAAGAAUAACUGUAGUGUCAUGUUGAUGUAAUUCAAAAAAUAAACCAGAAAACCAACAGAACUAAUAAAAAGUUAAAUGUUUACACAUGACUUAAGAAAGGGUCAAAGAGCAAAUUAGUAGUUGAAACACUCCCAAAAUACUUUAAUGUGAUUGAUAUCAACACAAGUUUACCAAUUGUCCAGAUAUUUCGUUUCAAAUUAUUAAUUUAUUGGGAUUGAUUAAUUAUCUUUGUAAGUACCACAAUGUUGUUUUUGGAUGCCCAUUUCAGCUCAUAAGGCUAAUUGUCAUUUGUGACAGUAGGAUUACAUUGGCGUACAUGGUUCACUCUAAUCUUGAAUAUAGAAAAAAAAGUAUCUCUGAACAUUAUAUUCAUGGUUAAUGUUUUCUUAAACCCAUACAAGCCUAAUAGCAUGUAUAGCACCCAAACUAAUUACUAUGUAAAUGAAAUGCCUAUUGUAAAACAAUCUGCACAUAGACUAAAAAUAAGCAUAAAAGCAUAGUGUGGAAGACUGAACCAUUUCUUUUGUUGCACCAUGUGUUCAAGACAAUUUUUUUUGUCAGUUCAUCGAUCAUAGUCUUCUAAAAAGCCUCUUUUUCCACCUAGCCAAUGAACAUUCAAGUCAAAGUUACAGAAACGCACCACAGUUCAUUCUUUUCAUGAAACUUAAUUGUUAAUCUGCUCUUAUAACAUGGUUCACAGUGUGCUGUAUGUAUCACCUGGGCCUGUAGUUAUUACGCUUAACACCACGGGGCUACAUGUGGGUUCAGAUGAGCGUCACUUCAUUCCAGGUCACCUCAUUGACCCUUAAACUCAACAGAAGAUGUAUUUGGACUGUAUCUGUGGAUCUCCACUGCUGACGGAGAAUCUGUCACCUCCACAUGGGGAAAGUCUUUGUCCCAACCUAUGGAGAGAGAGAGAGACA